AUGGCAGUAGGCUACACCUGCGCUCAGUGCCUUACGGUACUCCGCCAGGGUGCACGGGUAUCCGGAUCCCCGGCACGCCUGCAAAGUCUCGCCCCCAUCCGCCGGAGAUGCGCCGUCUCCCCAUCCUGGACUCGCAGCUUUGGCUCCGAGCGCAACAACCGGUCUCUCGGCGGAAAUGGACCUGCGUCUGAGCAAUCCAAGGCAAAGACCGUCAGUGGUGGCUGCUCCACAUCGUGCUCGCACUCGACUCCGUCUUUCGCGCAGAAAGCUUCCGCAUCGACCUCUACCGGUCCCUCCGUCGAUACGCGACCAAUCCUGAAACCUGAUAACCUGUUCCACUCCUUUUCGAACUCGCCCUCAUAUGCUAUCCGUCAGCGUGCGAACUUUAUCAAGCAGAACGCCUUCUGCCCUCAUCCGAGUCACCAGCAAACCCGAGCCCCAGUCUCUCCUCAUGAUCCUGAAACCCGCAAAACUGCCGACGCCAGCAAGGCCAGUCUCCCGCCUGCCCAUUCGCAUUUCGAGUGCCCGGACUGCGGUAUUCCGAUCUACUGCUCGGAGGAACACUGGAUGGAUGAUUUCGAGGCUCAUCUUGAGAUCUGUGAGACUCUGCGCCAGAUCAAUGAGGAUGAUCAUGAUCUGCAGUCUGGCCGCUUUUUCCCAGAGUUCAAUUAUCCCGGUGUCCAGGACGAUAACUUUGUGGUCAACAUGACCAAUUGGGAUACCUUGAUGUAUACUCGCGAAUUCGACGCCAUCAACGACGAUCGCUCCAUGCGUCAGGUUACCCGUAUGCUUACCUACCCGCAAACCAUCGCAAGUGUUUUGCAUGAGUUGAGCCCCUACAGCGUUCGGGGCAAGAAUCGGUUGACAGCUGAGGGUUUGAAGAGUUUGGCUGCCCUGAGAUACUCCCUUCACCCACCGCGAACAGGUGAGGAUAUCGACCUGAAGGGUCUCCGUUUGAAGGCUCCCCCUGUUCGAAUCUUCAUUCUCGGUGCCCGCGCUGAAUCCUCGCUCCCUCGCGACGUCUGGCUGCAACUGCAGUACAUGUUCCCUCGUUCCCUGCUACACCUGGUCUUUAUCGGACCGGAGAGCAUGUCGAACCGCGACGCUGAGUUCCCUUUGCCCGAGCGUACCCCCGGCAAUCCAUUUGGCGGUAUCGUGGAAGACCGUCUCGGUGGUCAAAUGAAGAUUACCACUUAUGUCGACUAUUUCCACACCAUGUACAAGGCUCAGUAUUUCCAGCCCUUCGACCCUUAUCUUGACAUGUUCAUGCUAUUCCACCCUGGCCUCGGCCACCCGGCCAGUUCGCACGAGUGGGAGGAGACGCUUCCCCAGCUGCUGGAGACUAAGGUGCCUAUCCUUUGCACUGGCUAUACGCAGUGGGAUAUGGAGCGGGAUAUUAAGUGGGUGCAUGAGAAGUGUGCGGGCGAAUUUGAUCUGCUUCUUGAGCCUGGUGAGAAUAUCUUCCGCAGCUUGAGGUGGGAUCUGAAUGAUAUGGAUCCGCAUGAUAUCUCCUGUGGUAACUGGGGAUUGUGGGGUUUCCGUGGAAAGAGGUAUGAGGCGACUAUGAAAGACUAA